AUGAAACAACGAGCUUCAUUGCUAUCAAAAACGAUACUUAUAAACAACAGCACAAAAAAUUUAAAUACAAUAAGAUGCCUAAGUACAAAAGAGGCCUUGGAACGUCGUAAUCAUCUUUUCGUGCUAGAGAAGAAACGGCAGCAAGAAAAGGUUGGGAGAGUUGAGAAAAUUGAAGUUAACUAUAAAGGUGUACCUAAUAACUGUACAUUCGUUAUGAAUAAAGAUAUUUCUACACCAUAUGACUGUGCCAGACAUUUAGGAGAGUGGCAUAUGGAGUCCAGUGCUUUGGCUUUGUUGGAUGGUUCAGUACACUGGGAUAUGCAUAGACCUCUUACUGAAAACUGCACAUUAGAGCUACAAAGAUACAACAUACCGGAGCCACAGCAAGUCAACAAAGCCUUCUGGCGGACAUGCUCCUUAGUUCUUGGUGCUUGCGCAACUGUUGCCUUCAAAGAGUCUGUUCCUGUCAAAUUGCAUAGUUUUCCUGGACCAGAUAUCCGUAGUGGUUCCUUCAUUUACGACAUAGACCUCCCAACUCUGGAGUGGAGUCCCUCCCACCAGGAGCUGCACACCCUGAGUGCGGAGUACGUGCAGCUCUGCAGGAAGCAGCUUCCGGUGGAGCGCCUCGACGUGUCACAGGAGUUGGCGUUGGAAAUGUUUGUGGAUAACCAGCACAAGGUUAAGCAGAUACCAAGUAUAGCUAAAGCCACUGGCAAAGUGACGUUAUAUAAAAUAGACAAAUAUAUAGAUAUAUCGAAAGGACCGAUGAUAGCUAACACGGGGCAGAUAGGACGAGUUGCCGUCACGUCAGUUCACAAGUUACCAGGGACAGCGGAGAGUGACGUCAAGCAGCUGUACAGGUUCCAGGGAGUGGCGCUGCCCACUGGAGUCAUCUUGAACCAUUUCGCUUUCACCAUUCUCAUUGAAAGAGCCAAGAAAUUGAACUCAGCACGGUCUCCGCUACAUCCUUACACUGAUCACAGGGAGCCACAAGAGAGCAUGGCAGCGAGAGCA